CUCUCUAGAGAAGUUGUACUUUGAUAUCGCCCAUUUUGAAGUCAUCGUCGUGGUUGCAAUGCAUCUACUCAGUAUUCUUACGUCGCUGGCACUGUUGCAUGGCGCCUUCGCGCAAGAAGAGCUCUUGCAGCGUCUACCUCUGUGCGCGAAUGAAUGUCUUGAAGCAACUCUUCCCCUAUCGAAAUGCAGAGCAGACGACUUAGCCUGUCUCUGUACCGACACAGAUUUCAUGGGAGCAGCGCAACUCUGCAAUGCGGGCAACUGCACUGUGGUGGAAACCAUGUCUGCAACAAACACCACACUCGCUGCUUGCGGUGUUCCCAUCAAAAACAAGACCGGUGAAAUGGUUGGGGUCACUGCCUCGUUCGGUGCCCUCGCCGUGGUAAUGGUGGCAUUUCGCCUGAUACAUCGUGCAGCUUCUUCAAAAGCACAGUUGGGAUUAGAUGAUCUUCUGAUCGGGCUCGCUGGCAUUGCGUCUUUGUUCCAGAAUGUACCUGUUGUCGUCGCUGGUUGUCUUGGAUUCGGUAGGGAUAUAUGGUCCAUACCCCCUGAAAACUUGACCGCCAGUCUGAAGUGGAUGUAUGUCACCUACUUCACCUACCAAAUAGCCGAAUUCCUCUGCCAACUCUCCAUUCUCGCCUUUUACUUGCGCAUUAUGACAGAUCCGAAGACACGCCGUAUCGUAUACGGCCUCGCCGUUUUCGUCGUAUUGUUCGGUCUAUCGAAUACUUUCACCAUGGUAUUACAGUGCAGACCAAUUCCUUUCUUUUGGAAUGGUUGGAGAGGCGAUACGAAGGGUGUGUGUACGGUCGAUGUGCGGCUUUGGGGAUUGAUACGUGGCGGUAUUGAGAUUAGCCUUGAUCUGGCUAUCAUCAUCGUUCCCCUUCCAAUGCUGUCCAAAUUGCAGAUGUCUUUCAGGAAAAAGGUUCAGAUCAUGAGUAUGUUCUGUGUCGGAUUUGUGAUCACGAUCGUAGGCUGCCUACGUAUUUGGUCUCUUUUGGCUUUCGACCAAUCGACCAACCCUACUUACGACAAUGUUCCCGGAGUAUACUGGUGCGUCACUGAAGCCAAUUUGUUCAUCGUUGUGGCCUGCAUGCCUGCGAUUCAAGCGAUCUUGCAGAAAGCGAUCCCCAGUUGCUUCACUGGGUUCCGCAAAGGCACCGGAUACGACAGCAACGGAAAAUACGGCAGUUCGAGUGGACUUGGCAAGAAAGGUUCUUUCAUGGAACAGAGUUCACGGAACAUGAAAGGUGGCAUCACUAGAUCAACUAACGUUGACGUGUACCGGACGGAGCGCACAGCUUCUGAUGUAGAGCUCGUCGAUCAGCACGACUGGAAGCAAACCCAGUAG